AAUAAACAACUUAUCGUGCUCCGUACGGCAAUCCUGUGACAAGCCCCUCUACUUGGUUGGACUCUAGCGCCUAGACACCUUACAAACUUAUGUUUUCAUUUGGGUCAACUGCUGAAUAGGUUUGAUCCUUCUCGGCGUUCCAUUAAACGCUGCUGUUUGCACUGAGCGCUUACCUUCCACAUACGUAGUCCUCCCACCACAGCUCCCACCCCUACGCAUAGGUAUGAUUCAGCACGUCUCUAGAUUUCAGCACGCCAGCAGGGUCUCUCUUGACCGAACAGUGCUCCUACCCAACCAGUCCCAUCCGUCGCGCAUCCGGCAGCUGGGCGCCGCGUCGUCGUCACAGCCUUUAGAGCCACUUCCAGGGAAGCCCUCGAAGGUCAUCAUCCUAUACAGCAAGCCCAAUUGCCCGCUGUGCGAAGGAACCCGGGAUCGGGUACAAGGUCUGAUUGACAGGGCUCAGUUUAUGCCCAGCCUGCUGACUGAAUACACACUUGAGAUUCGCGAUAUUUCCACCAACCCUGCCUGGAGCGCCGCAUAUGACAUGGAGGUUCCCGUCUUGACGGUUCUGGCACAAGACGGCCGAGAGGUUUGCAUUCCUCGGCCGCCUCCACGCAUGACCACCGAUAAGCUACGACGGCACAUUGAGGCCGCGUUGCCGCAAUAGCAGAGGUUUUGCCGGACAUCCGUUGCGAUACCGAGCUGGACUGAUGUAAGGCCUACGUGCUGGAAGCUACAGACAUGUACGAAACCCGCACA